UGGAUUGACUUGACUUGGCAGUGGAAAUUGAAGUAACAUAGUCCUUCCUCUUUCUGAAUUCCCACUAUAAAUUAGUAAGCUUUCCUGCUAUUAUUCAUUCAUAGCUCAAUUUGUCUUUCAUUGCCAUGGCUUGUACAAAACCACAUUUUCCGGUUACCGCAGUUCUACUGGUGCUACUUAUAUUGGCCACCUCAGAUUUCACAGGUGCACAAACAGGAGUUUGUUAUGGAAGAAUUGGGAAUGGAUUACCAUCUCCAGCAGAUGUUGUGGCUCUAUGCAACCAAAAUAAUAUACGAAGAAUGAGAAUCUACGAUCCUCAACAAGACACUCUCCAAGCCCUCAGAGGCUCCAAUAUUGAACUCAUGCUAGGCGUGCCAAACCCCGACCUUCAGAAUAUCGCUUCUAGCCAAGCGAAUGCGGAUACCUGGGUCCAAAACAAUGUCAAGAACUAUGGUAAUGUCAGGUUCAGGUAUAUAGCAGUUGGAAACGAAAUCAGUCCAUUAAAUGGUGACACCCAGCAGUAUGUACCUUUUUUGCUCCCUGCAAUGAGAAACAUUCAAAACGCAAUUUCUGGUGCUGGUCUCAGGAACCAGAUUAAAGUUUCCACAGCUAUUGAAACCGGGCUUACUACAGACACUUCUCCUCCAUCAAAAGGCAAAUUUAGAGAUGAUGUCCGACGAUUUAUUGAUCCCAUCAUCAGCUUCCUAGUAGAAAAUCGCUCACCAUUGCUCGUCAACAUUUAUCCUUAUUUUGCAAUAGCAAACAAUCGAGACAUUAAGCUUGAGUUCGCGCUAUUUACAUCACCUGGAGUUGUGGUCAAUGAUAAUGGAAAAGGAUACCGAAACCUGUUUGAUGCCCUCUUAGAUGCCACAUACUCGGCCCUUGAAAAGGCCGGUGGUUCAUCAUUGGAAAUUGUUGUAUCAGAAAGUGGUUGGCCUUCAGCUGGAGCAGGGCAAUUGACCUCCAUUGACAAUGCAAGGACUUACAACAACAACUUGAUUAAGCAUGUGAAAGAAGGGAGUCCUAAAAGGCCCUCCAGGCCAAUAGAGACUUACAUUUUUGAUUUGUUUAAUGAAGAUAGGAAGAGCCCUGAAUUUGAGAAGCACUUUGGACUAUUUACACCAAACAGGCAGCCAAAGUACUCAAUCAGCUUUAACUAGCUAGAUAAAGCAAGAAUAUUACGGGAAUAAUAACUAUCUUCUUUAUAUAUAUCUGUAUGAAUAAUGGUUUCCCAACGGAAAGCAACUCAUUUGCCUAAUGUACCCACCUCACAUGCUUAUAUAAGACAAUUAUCUAUUUAGCUAUUA